AUGGCGGCCGCGGCGCAGGAGGCCGAGCCGGCCUGCCUGCAGAGCUUCGACCUCUAUGAGAGCGCAUCGAGAUUUUAUAUUUUUGGAACUAAUGCUGACAAAACAGUAUGGAGGCUACUCAAAAUCGAUAGAUCGGAAACAUCAGAGCUUGACAUAGACGAGUGUUCUACUGUAUAUACACAAGCUGAGUAUCUUGAACUGGUGAGUGGUCUUGAUGAAGAUCACAGGUCAACUGGUGGGGUUAAAUUUGUGACAAAGUUUUAUGGCAUAAUUGGUUUCAUUAAGUUCCUUGGGCCAUUUUAUAUGUUAAUUAUUACCGAACAGAGAAAAAUUGGGGAGAUAUUUGAUCAUCCAGUGUAUCAGGUGACUAAGACUUCAAUGAUUGAGUUAGCAAAUUCUAAAUCUCGAUCCAGUUUUCUGAAUCCCAGGGAUGAGAACAGAUACAAGAAGAUUUUGAACACACUUGAUCUUAGGAAGGACUUCUUUUUCAGUUACUCAUACCCUAUCAUGAGAGGUCUUCAGAAGAAUUUAAGGGAUCCACAAGAAGGGUGGUCACUAUAUGAGUCAACAUUUGUGUGGAAUGAGUUUCUUACUCGACAAAUACGCAAUUGUCUACAAAGUACUUUGUGGACUGUUGCAUUAGUCUAUGGUUUUUUUAAGCAGGACAAAUUUGCAAUAUCUGGGAAGGACAUUAUGUUCACACUCAUUGCUAGGCGCUCAAGGCAUUAUGCUGGCACCAGAUAUUUAAAGAGGGGAGUAAAUGAGAAGGGAAGAGUAGCGAAUGAUGUUGAGACUGAGCAAAUUGUGUAUGAAGCUGUGCCUAUGCCUACAGAAGUAAGUUCUGUUGUGCAGAACAGGGGUUCGAUCCCACUAUUCUGGUCACAGGAUACAUCAAAAUUGAACAUAAAACCUGAUAUCAUAUUGCAUGAGAAGGACAAAAAUUAUGAAGCUACCAAGCUUCAUUUCGAAAAUCUUAGGGGAAGAUAUGGCAACCCUAUAAUUAUCUUCAACUUGAUUAAGACGCGUGAAAGACGGGAAUCCAUGCUUCGUCGAGAAUUUGAUAAGGCAAUACGGAUCAUAAAUAAAUUGUUUUCAGAGGAGAACCAGCUGCGGUUCUUACAUUGGGAUCUGCAUAAAAACUCUCAAGGAGAACCUACAAAUGUACUUGAUGUUCUUCUGAAAGUGGCAUUUCGUGCUCUGACGUUGACUGAGUUCUUCUAUUGUCAAGUUGCACCACCUACAGGGUCUGAGACUGCUCCUCACUGGCCUGCUCUAUUGCACAGUCACGAUCCAUAUUUUUGUGAUGAAAACAGCAACAGUGACAUAUCCCAAGAAGAUAUCUCGGGCAGUUCUGACUCCUCUGGCAAUGGAACCACGGAAGACAAAGCUGAAACCAGUGAACUGCCCCAACUAAAACCACCAAUCUUCCAGAAAGGUGUCUUACGGACAAAUUGUAUAGAUUGCUUGGAUCGUACAAAUGUUGCACAAUAUGCCUAUGGUUUAGCUGCUCUUGGACAUCAGCUGCAUGCACUUGGUUGUGUAGAAUCCCCAGAACUUGGUUUAGGUGCUCCCGUGGCUCAUCAUUUGAUGCACUUUUAUGAGAGGAUGGGUGACACACUUGCCGUACAGUAUAGCGGGUCGGCUGCUCAUAAUAAGUUGAAGAUCUUCUCUGCGAAGAGAGGACACUUGAAGCUUUUUAUACGAUCACAAGAGUUCUUCAGGACACUACAACGGCACUACAGCAACGCCUGUAUAGAUGCUAACAAACAGGCAGCUAUAAACUUAUUUUUGGGGUACUUCCAACCAAAGCAGGGAAGUCCUGCACUCUGGGAGCUAGAAUCAUCUUCUGAGGAACAUAACAAUGGAUCUUUUGGGCAUACAAGUGACAGUAUCAAAAGAGUGAAUUCAGAUGGCAGCAUCCUUUCUGUAAGCAACACAUCUAUAUCUGGCUGUAGUGGGUGCCAUAAUGAAUUGUUGACUGCAGCGCAACCUGAUGUCCGUACUGAGUUGCAAUCUUCAAAAAUGGAGUCUGAUUUGGUGUAUGUAAAUGAGAUUACAUCACCCAUUGAAAGUAAAAUGUCAAAUUCAAGAUACACCCCCACACUGUCUCAUGAUCAUAUACAUGAUGUCCCAAGCAGUCAACUUGACCCUUGCAAUUCGGGUGAUUCAAACUUCCUGGAUCUUGAAUGGCUUUCAAAUUCAGGCAAUUCAAGUGAUGAAAGGUCGCUUGCAGUUAGCACACCGGAUGCUCACCUUUCAACCGAGAAUGUCAUUAGUGACAUAAUUCCUGAGACUAUGGAAAACCAAGUCGCGGGGGUCCAGGCUCAGAAGCUACCCGAGCAAUUCGUGCAGUGGGUUAACAACGGCAACAGCUUUUGGUUUUGA